GCAACAAGCUAACCCUGCACUCAUUCAUUCUCUCCAAGCGAGGCAACUUCCCGGACGACGGCCGCCUCUGCGCCUGACUCGCUUCCCGCCAUGGACCUGCCAGGCUGCCGCAGCACCGACGCCCCGCCGCCCGCCUUCCUGUGAGGGGAGAAAAGCGCGGGAAAAGAGCCGGCCCUCCUCCCCUGCCUUUCCAAGAGCCUCGCUCGCGCUCGCUCUCCCUCCUUGGCUGGCCUGGGCGGCAAGAUGCCCGGGCGGCGCCUGUCCGAGGGCGGCGUGGGCGGGGGCUGCUGCUUGGUGGCGGCCUUGCUGCUCCUGCUGGGGGCGCUCUUCCUGCCCUGCGCCCGGUCGGCCGUGGCGGCGCUGAACGACACGGAGCCCAUCGUGCUGGAGGGCAAGUGCCUGGUGGUGUGCGACUCCAGCCCCUCGGCCGACGGCGCCAUCACCUCCUCGCUCGGCAUCUCCGUCCGCUCUGGCAGCGCCAAGGUGGCCUUCUCGGCCACGCGCAGCACCAACCACGAGCCCUCCGAGAUGAGCAACCGCACCAUGACCAUCUACUUCGACCAGGUAUUAGUUAAUAUUGGCAAUCAUUUUGACCUGGCUUCCAGUAUAUUUGUAGCACCAAGAAAAGGAAUUUAUAGUUUCAGUUUCCAUGUUGUAAAAGUAUAUAACAGACAAACUAUCCAGGUUAGUUUAAUGCAAAAUGGCUAUCCGGUGAUUUCAGCUUUUGCUGGAGACCAAGAUGUCACCAGAGAAGCAGCCAGCAAUGGGGUCUUGCUCCUUAUGGAAAGAGAAGACAAAGUGCAUCUCAAACUGGAGAGAGGGAAUCUCAUGGGAGGAUGGAAAUAUUCAACAUUUUCUGGCUUCUUAGUCUUUCCACUAUAAAGGGAUGCCAAGGAGAAAUCUAAUCUGCAAGCUGGAACAAGGAUCCAAUCAUUUUUUAAAAAACCUAACAAGAACAUGCAAGAACCGUCCUCCUCCUCUUCCCUGAACUUGGCUAGACAUUGCCAACAAUUCCAGCCACCCUCUCAGACUGCCAUAAUAGAAGAAUGGGAAACCUUCUCAAUACCACUCUUUGCUUUGACUCUUGACAAUUUCUUGAGAAACCUAUGGCUCUGAGUAGUUUUAGAUGACAGUGAUCUUUAAGAGAAAUGAAAUCAUCAACCUGAGCAAUUUGUACCUGUGAUUGUAAAGUCAAUUUUGGAUUUUAUUAUUGGGAUCAUUGACUUUCCUCCCUUCAUUCUCAUUAUGUUCUUGUCCUGAAGAGACACAUUAACUGGGACCACACAACUGCUUGUCCAGAGCUUAUCCUAAAGCCAGAAGAAUUCAACAUCUGAUGAAGUGUUCUUGCGAUACUCUUCUCUCUUUGUGUUUGUAUAGCCUUAAUAAUAUCAAGAGAAAUUAAGAAUAGCAUCAACUUCAAUACUGUUAUCUUCUGGGGGAGUGAAAUCUUUGGACAUUACUGUGUCAAGAAGUGCUUUAUCAAGUGAAGCAAAUUUUGCACGAUUGGAAACUAUCUUAUUUUGUGUUACUCGUGUUUUUUCAUCAUCAUUCUUUUCCUGACUCUUUUUGUGCUAAAGAAGAAAGCCAGACUGAUCAAUAAGAUAAAGCAAGCACAAACAUACCUUGUAGCUCACAAUGAAACUAACCAGUGAACAGUUCUGCUUGCGUCAUGCAUCUGAUCUAAUGGAAACAUUUGCUGAAAUGGAGGAGCAGAAUACACUUAUCUGAUCCUUGAGUAACAAUGUGAAAAGGGAAUGACAUUUCUGAAUUUGUCGGACAUUUCCAGAAUCUGUUCCAGAAAGCUGUGAAUAUCUUAUUUGAACAUAAAAUAAUGGCAUUUCUUUUGCAUUGCUGGGAUUCUUUGGUGCUUUCCUGGUCUUUAUUUCAUGGAUUUAAUUACUAAAGCUUGAAUAUGCAGUGGUUUGAUAUUUUUUGAGUGCUCCAAAAAUAAUGUCCAAUUUAGAGAAAAACAGUUCUACACUGAAUCUGUCUGGAUCAAAUAUGUUACCAACAGUUGCUAUUAAAAUGUCUCACAGAACCAAGGUAUCUGGGAAGCUUCUGAAAAUUUAUAUAGCUGAGCGAUGAAGAAAUCAUAAAUUGUAUAUUUUAUUUUAUUAUAUUUAUUUAUCUAUUUUUGUUGCAGCUUCACCUAUUAGCAUCCAAAGACUUUUGAGUAGUUUUAAUCCAAUACUGUAUACCAGAAAGGUCAUUGAUUCCAAAUGAUAAAAGAAGAAACCUCAGGUUGAAUUCAGAUUCACCUACUUUGUGUCAAUGUAACCAAAAUGCUGAUGAACUUUAGAUUCAGAAUAAAUGGGUUUCAUGUCCAA